AUGUCUAUCGAUGCACUACGCCUGGUCUCGGAAUAUUUGACGCCAACCGCCAGAGUCAAUCUCGCCCGAGCAAAUGCUUCCACAGCCAAAGCUCUGUCAAGAUGGGAGGACGUGCACAGCGUCUUAUUCGAUGACACAAAAGUCAUUAUGGCUGGGGAAGUGUUUCGACAUCAAAUCGACACGGGGAUGGACUUGGUAAGGACAUCUGCGGUAUUUGUAACUUUACUAGUGACAUUCUCUAAUUGAUC